GUCGUGACGUCACGCGGAAGUCGCUCCAGGCAAGAUGGCCGCGUCCUUGGCCGGCGAGUGUUGACUGCGGCGGUGUGUGUCUGACGCGCUCACGGCAGUCGGACGUUCUCUCCCGGCGUGAGCGGCUGACGAGCGACAGCGGAACAUGGAGAGGCGGCAGUUCGUCGCCUCCCUGGUGGCAGGAGGCUGCGCCGGGAUGUGUGUGGACCUGACCCUCUUCCCCCUGGACACCAUUAAGACCAGACUGCAGAGUCAGCAAGGCUUCUAUAAGGCAGGGGGCUUCAGGGGCAUCUACGCCGGGGUCCCAUCUGCUGCUGUCGGUUCCUUCCCCAAUGCCGCUGCUUUCUUUGUCACCUACGAUUGCACAAAGUCCCUGCUCAGCGCUGGCGGAGCUCUAGCGGCGCCGCACGUGGCACCUGUCACUCACAUGCUGGCCGCCUCCCUUGGUGAAAUAGUGGCGUGUCUCAUCCGGGUCCCCACAGAGGUGAUCAAACAGAGAACCCAGGCUUCUCCCUCAUCCACCACCUACCACAUACUGCUGGCCACGCUCAGAGAAGAGGGAGUUCGAGGAUUGUACAGAGGAUAUGGGAGUACAGUCGUCAGAGAGGUUCAGCACCCGUCACUACCAGGUGGGCCCUCACCGUGGCCUGGAGCCACACACCAGGCCCCUGAUCUGCACAGGCAGAGAGAUUUUAUUCUCAUCAUUUACUCUCAUUUCCUCCCAUCACUUCACCAGCCGUUAUGUUGCAGAACACAUCGUGACGGUAAUAAAAGACAGGUGCACUUUUGCUCACUCUCAUCUCACCACAGUUGGAAAACAGAAGUGUACUCCCUCUUCAUCAUAUAACACCCCUUUUUUGGGGAGGUGGAUACCAGACCCUCCAGUCCCGUCAGAUACGUAUAUAUAUUUUUUCAGAUCAUCUCUGAGGAUUGAGAGAAUUUCUGUCUGCCUGGAUCGACCACAUGGUCACGAAGCGUUUCCACGAGCACAUUUGUUAGCUUUGUGUACCAGGCCUGCUUCAUAAAGCAACAAUAAAGUGUGACUGUGACAAAAAAAAGGAUACAUAAAAUGAGAUAUAUUCUUCAUACUGUGGUGGAAUUUGGAGCUAGAGUUAUUAUGGUAACCACCCAAAAAAUACAUCUAAAAGUCCAAAUUAACUAACCAUAGGAAGAGGAAACAGAGGAACUUAGUGAUGCUGCGCCAGCCCCACAUCAUCCAUUCACAAGUUGUCAUGUUUUAGUUUUUUUAAAUAUAUAGAUGACUCGUAUAAGUUAUUUACAAGUAUGAAAAAUCUCAAACUAGAAAAAAAACCUGCCAUGUACACGUCAGGACAAUUAUCUCUUAUCAGUUCAUUUCAGAAAUGUAAUUUGCUCCGCUCAAUUGAAUUUACUCGUUUUGACAGCUCAUAUCUCUACUGUUGUUUACAAGUGGCCUUUGAUGAAACUGUUUAUAAAAGACCCCAAAAAAGUUUUAUGCUCGCUGAGAGCGGACGCAGCAGAUAGCCUUUAACUAAAUCCACCACAGAUUUCAGUGUUUAUGUGAGGUCACUUCAUUUGGACUAAGUGGUUAAUAAGCUCAUUAAGUGGCAUAAACACUGUGUGUGUGUGUGUGUGUGUGUGUGUGUGUGUGUGUGUGUGUGUGUGUGUGUGUGUGUGUGUGUGUGUGUGUGUGUGUGUGUGUGUGUGUGUGUGUGUGUGUGUGUGUGUGUGUGUGUGUGUGUGUGUGUGUGUGUGUUCUGCUGGCUGUGCUCCGUCUGACUCACAGUUGGAUCAGUCCAGCUUUUACCCAUGUGCUCGCAGCAGUUUGAUGGGACGUGUUGGCGGAGGCGACACAGGCGGAUGAAUGAUCCUGUUGUUGCUGUGAUCAAAAGACUGAUGACACAACUUAGUGCCUCUCCAUUUAUUUCUCUCUCUGCUUUUCUUUUCAUUCCCUCUCUUCCUUCCUGUCCUGCAGUGUAAGAUGACAGGAAACUGUGUGUGUGUGUGUGUGUGUUCCUGUGCGUGUGCGCGCUUGUCUGUGUGUGUGUGUGUCUGUGUGUGGUCUGA